AUGAAACGUGGGGGGGGAACAAAACGGCAGCGCAGAGUCAGCCCGCCGCGUGAAGGGAGGGCCUCGCGUGGUGGGCGGGUGGAGGACAUCGGCCCAUACCUUGACGAGGUCCUCCAGAGCGCCAGCCUCGUCGGCGCGGGCGUUCUAAACGCGGUGGUGGAGCGUUGGAAAUGCGCCGACGCCGCACUCUACCGUUGUCAUGCCGAGAGGCGGGCAGUCGAGGGGCAGGCGGUGCGGCUUUUGAAUCAACUCGCGGAGCCUGGGGCGUGCGCGGGGCCUUCCAAUCUCAAUUGCCUCCUCGCGGAGCCCGACGCGUGCGCAGGCGAGGCUGUGGCGGCCGUUUCGGAUCGCGUGGCUGCAGCGCUUGACGACGCCCUGCGCGGCCUUGCCAGGCGCUCGGCUGGAGCACGUGCGCUGGCAACGGCGGUGGGUGACGAGGCCGCGCGAUCCCUCGCAAGUGCGAUGUACGAGGUGGAGUGUCUUUCCCGGCGCCUGCUCGAUGUGCAGCUCGCGGCGGCUGCGGGCGAGGUGGAAGCUUCGGGUCUGCGCGCGCGUCUGGCGGAGGCCACCCAGCAACGCCAGGCCUAUGUGGCAGAGGUGGGUGGGCUGUUGGGAGUCCUGCGGGCCCUCGCAACGCGCGUAGGCUCGGGAAGGUGGCAGCAGCAGGCUGAGAACCAGGAGUUCGUGAAUAUAAAGAAAGAGGAGGAAGAAGAAGGGGUGACGGAGCAGCUGCGACGGGCGUUGGUGCAGGCUCAGAGCGGGGUCGCAGUGGCCCAAAAGAGGCUGCUUGAGGAGCAGCACUGGCGGGAGCGCGCGGAGGGGCGCAUCGCGGAGAUGCUCCGCCAGCCUCACUGCGGCGGCCCCAGCGGCGCGGUUGCGGAGCUUGGUCGGCUCCGCAGUAGCCUCACGGAGGCCCUUGACGACGCCGCCCAGCUCACAGUUUCGCUGAAGCUCGCUCGCGAGGAGCUGGCGGGAACUAAUACUGAGCUUGAUGCCCUGCGCACGAAGAACGAGCAGCUGUUAAAGGCUGUGCACGCGGAUCAGGUUGGUCGUGCCGUGACGGAGCUCAAGCGGGUUUACGAUGAAACUACUCAAAGUUUACGCGAGCGCUUCGUGGAGGCGGAAUCCCAGCGGGGAAUUCUCUCCUCUGCAUUGGAUAAAUCCCGUGAAACGGUCAAGGAGCUGCAGGAGGCUUCUGCACAGGCCAAAGCGAAUUACAAGGAGCUUGACUUUCUUGAAAAGAAGAACCGCGAUCGGCAUCAUGAUUUUUCGAAUGCCCGUUCGAAGAUUCUGGAGUUCAUGAAGUCGAUUGGAAAGCUUUUGAAGGACGAGAAUGCUGUGAUGGAAGGCAAAGUGGGCGAGCUUACGUUGAUCAAUAGCCAGAUAACCUCAAAGCAGGCGGAGUCGCUUGGGCAUUUUCAAAAACAGAUCCACGACCUCUUUCAAGGCUUUCAGGAGGUGCUUUCGGACGAUAAGGCAAGCACGAGCGCUGAAGCUGAGGAUGACAACCGAAAAUGCCAUGAUGAGGCACUGAAGGAGAAGAGUCUUAACUUCUGUUUCGGGGAGGAGAAAUAUGGCCUUCUGCUUCAGGUGCUUCAGAGUGCCCUUCAGUUCGUUGGUUCGCAUCUGGAGAACGGGGAUACUCAACGCGCAGGGUUACUGGAGGCCUCCCUAGCCGAUGCGGCGCUUGUCAAUGACCUGCGCUCGAGGCUACAUCAGAUCACACAAGACCGCGAUCGACUAUCUCGAAAGCUAACGAAAUGUCUUAACAUAAUUGACCAGAACAGCCUGACGGUGGUGGAGAACGCCUUACUAUAUGAAGUACCCGUAGAAGACUCGUUGAGUGCGGCCGAGGCGGCCGAGCACAUUGCCUUGCUGCGGGAGCAGCUUGACGUCGCGGUGCGGACACAAAAAUGGGGAGUGAAGGAUAUUGAGGACUGGAAAAAGGCCAAGGAGAGUCUCGAGGCGGAGGUGAGGGAGGUACGCUAUGCAAGGGACAUCGCCGAGAAGCAAUUACUGCAAACCGAUCAAACCCUUUUGCAAAGCCUGGAGCGCGAAAAAGAGAUGCUGGUGCAAAAUAUGGCUCUCCAGUCCCAGAUCACCACCCUGGUCUCUUCAUCCUUUCUUAGAUCCGGCCCAAGUGAAACGGGGGAUAACUCCGCUUCAGCGGAAUUAUCGAUGGAAUGUGCGCCGAAUUUUACCCCCUCCCCUCCCUUUGCGCAGCUCCUCCAGCAGGUCUCCGCGCAGUUCGCCAGCAUUGAAAAGUCGAUUGCCGAUCUUAACGCGCAGCGAAAGCAGCGCGAGGAGGAGCUAAAGGAUCCCUUAGAAACCGUCUCCUUAUCUUGCCCCUCCGCUGAGGAAAUAACGGAGAUAAUUGCGCAGGGCGGGAUGAAUGUCAUGGUGGAGUUGUUACGUAAGGCGAUGAUGGGCGUGCAGGAGCUGCGGGAGUCAAUUUGCCGAUUCUCUCUUCAACACAAAUCAGAGCUCUCGGCGAUAAUUCAUCCGGACGUUCAGAGCCCUGAGGCCGCGUUGCUGGCGGAAAAGGAGCGCUGUGACGCGUUUGAGAAGGAGUUAAACGCGCUGAAAGAAGAGAAGGAGGUUAUCCGGCAACGCUUGCAGGUCGCCGAGGAGGGGAUGGCUAAAUCAGAGGAAACGAAUCACCGCAUUUUAUCCAUCUCGAAGACCCUGAUGGAGCGUCAGAAUCGACUGCUUGAGGAAAAUAAACAGCUUAAAUCUAAGUGCGCCCCCCCCAGCCCCGCGACUUCUGAAGUACCGCAAGUUUCUGCAGUGUCGGUGGAGGAUUUGACGAUUUUCAUAACGGAAGCGCCACCGCCUACUGAGCAGCCUUUGGAAGGCGAAAGAGAAGAAGCAUCGAUACGAGAUGAGACGAUGAGUAUUUCAAUCUCACACUGCGAAGAUGUCAACGAGGAGCUCCCCUCCCUCCCGCUUCCCCCCUGUUAG